AUGGCGUCCCCAGGCAACCGACCUGGAGGCGACGUGGCAGUGAAAGAAGCAAGGAAAGCGAUAUGUAAAGUCUUUCAAAAGGGAUUUGGAUGCAGAAGAGAUUGCCAACUAAUCCAUGAUCCGGAAACUGUUUAUCUUCGACAGCCUACAACUAAUGCCAGCGCUCGCCUCAAUCAGUUCAGAGCUUCGUUGGAGGUCAGUAUUGACAACGACUCUUCGCCCUGCCGAGACCCUCAGGCUGCCCUAACCACCUGGGAGACCGCACUAGACAUCUUGGAUAGCUCCUAUCCUAUUCUUCGCCAAAGAAUGGCAAUGUUUUUGUCUGACAGAAAGUACGGCCGCGAUUUCAUCAUGGUAACAGUCACGAAAGGAUCCCUUCCGAAUAGCAUUGGCAGGCUCGUGGUCAUGAAAUUUCUCGAAGUCAUUACUCAUACCUCUUUACUAAACGACUCAAGCAUCGAGAUGACCGUCAAAGCCAUCUACUCUAACGCCAUCUAUCCUCCCUUCGAUCAGUCCCUUGAGAACUGUGCCGGUCCUCUCUAUCCGCAACUGUAUCAGUAUGUUUUGUGUAUCGCGAGAGCCGGCCAUGAGCUGUUGCGCAGAGUUCCUCAAUCACUUUCUGGGACCAAGAGUCCUAGUUUCCUGGAAUAUCUCGACAACCUCGUUGCCAAGGUGUGCGAGAGCUUCCCAAAUGACGGCUUGGAAGAAAUCACUCGCAGCUUAUACAUCAUGAAAAGACUGGCAGCUAGUUCAAAGACGCAUCUUGGCGAAGAACAGCGAAAAUUGGAUUCCUUGGCUUCAGCUCUUACGACCAUAGAAAGGCCAGGGGGGCGACAUGACAACGACUUCGCGGAUAUCUCGGAUAUCGCCAUUCUUCCAACCUUGGGAGAGAUCAACAGUGAGAGCGACGAAUACCUACCGUCGACCAACUUCAGUCAUCCCCAUGCGCUUAGAGAUCCGUUGCAGCGACAUGUCGACUCUCAUUUUAGACUUCUCAGACACGAUGCUAUGGGUCCGAUCAUAGAGGCUAUUCGAAGCUUUUGCAGACCCGACACGGACAUAACGGGCAACUUUUAUGACAAAGAGUUCGAUGUUCAUAUGCUCCAUGGAUGUUAUGUCCAUCACAUCUCUUUGAGUCCCAAGCGUGGCCUAAGCGCAGUCCUUCCAUUCGAUACCCCUAAACACAUUUCUGGCAUGUCAAUCCAGGAGAAAGAAAAGUGGUGGAAGCAUUCCGACAUGUUGGAAGAACGGAAGCUUUUAUGUUUUGUUCCUUAUCAAAAGGAUCGUAAAGAGCUCCUAUUCUUUCAGGCGAGCGACAAGAUAAUAACGGGCAAAUAUGAUUGUCUUGUCUCCAGUGACAAAUCUCCAAGAAUACUUGUCCACCUCGUUACUCCGGACCGCAACUCGCUGAGCCAGCUAACCCGCCUGUAUGAGAGCAAAGCUCGAGGUUUUCUGGUUCAAUUUAGUAGCGUCUACACUUCAACAUUGAUGCCCAUGAUCGACAGGUUGAAGAGAAUCAGGCUCGACAAUCACAUACCUCUUCACAAAUGGAUGGUCCCCGCCGAGCACACUCAGAACGACAUCCCACCGCCACUUUAUGUACGCCAGAAAGGUUUCGUGUUCCCUAUGGGCUGCAUAGCCAAAAACAAGGAUUCUGGACUCCAGCUAGAUCCGUAUUACGGAUUUGAGGGCAUUAGUCUUUCUGACCUGGAGGCUCAGACAGGACUGGACAAUAGUCAAUGUCAAGGGCUUGUUGCUGCUCUGACUAGAGAGUAUGCCCUCAUUCAAGGCCCACCGGGAACAGGAAAGUCGCAUCUCGGUGUUCAACUCGUGCGAGUUUUGCUGGCUGUUCAAAAGCAAGCGAAGCUCGGCCCACUCAUUAUCUCGUGUUAUACGAACGAAGCCUUGGAUCAAUUCCUUAAACAGCUUCUCGAUGCUGGGGUCGACCAAAUUGUUCGAAUUGGUCGUAACAAUGUCGCGCCGGAACUCUCCGACCACACACUUCGAACACGCAAAUACAGAUGUCAUGAUACACAAUUUGAAAAUACUCGUGUGGAAAGACUCGGCAAAGAUCUGUGCGGUCUCACUAGUAAAGGCCCUUUUGAUGCUUUACUCGAAACAGACCAAGAAACAAAAGAUCGUGGUUUUGUAGACUUUCUUUCUGAAACCAGACCAAACGUCCAUCGACAGCUUGUUUCGGAGGACACCAUCCAGGCUACAACGAAGAGUUUUUUGAGGGCAGAGCUCAGGGAUAUGUGGCCAUCAAGCACUAAAUCCAUCAAACAAAGCAUGGAAGAACUAAACAUACGGGCUGAGAAAGAUAUCCAUGAUCUCUCAUCGGCGGAGCAAGGGGCUCUUGUAGAUCACUGGACUGAAGAAUGGCGUGAAAGGAAAGUCGAUGCUGCUUUCGAGACUGUGAGAAAACUGGAGCGUCUUUGCAAGCAACGCAAUGAUGUUUGUGAAUCCGUCAGUCAAAGGGUCCUCGCGCAAGCUCAAGUUAUUGGAGUCACUACCUCGGCAGCCGCAAGGAACUCGGAUUUGCUACAGCGCGUAUCGCCAAAGGUGAUGAUAUAUGAGGAGGCAGCUGAGGUGAUGGAACCGCAUUUGAUCUCCUCUAUAAUACCCGGAAUCGAGCACUUGAUCCAGAUUGGAGAUGAGAAGCAACUUCGCCCGCAAAUCGCAAACUGCAAGCUGGGAGUUGACAACGACUCCGAGAAAAAGUGGCAACUGGACCGAAGCCAGUUCGAGAGACGCGCAGCGGGUGAGCCUGGUCUUUCUCCUGUUCCAUUCGUACAGCUCAACGUACAACGAAGAAUGAGACCUGAGAUCUCCCAGCUCAUCAAUAGCUCGUAUCCUGAGCUUCAAGACCACCCUAGUGUUCGGGAUUUCCCAAACGUUGUCGGCAUGCGACGCAACGUUUUUUGGCUUGACCACAAGAAAUUUGAGGGAGGUCUGCGUGGCACAUCAUAUACCACUGAGUGGGAGGUCAAAAUGGUGACAAGAAUCGUCCGGCAUCUGGUGCGACAAGGGGAAUACAAACCUCGAGAUUUAGCCCUCCUCACUCCGUAUAAUGGCCAGCUAAGACAACUGAACCACGCUCUCGGUGAAGAGCUUGAGAUAUCUAUGCUUGGCAAAGCUGGGCACAAAGUCACGAAAAAGAGGCCAUUGAACACAGCCUUGCGGCUAGCGACAUUGGAUAAGUUCCAAGGAGAAGAAGCAAAGGUUGUCAUCAUAUCUAUGACACGUCAUAACCCGCGGCGCAAUACAGGAGUUGUUAUGACGGCCAACUGGAUCAACGUUCUUUUGAGCCGGGCCAAACAUGGGAUGUAUCUGAUUGGAGACUUUGAUUCAUAUCGCUCGGACCCUGGGUGGGAAGAUGUCUACUCCAAGCUUUCAAGUAUUGCGGCCAUUGGCAACACGUUUGACUUACGCUGCCAUCGACAUCCAGAUGCUAUCAUGCAGUGCUACCGUCCAGAACACUUCGAUCUCAUGAGUCCUCAAGACAUUCGGUUUGCAAUGCGAUUUGCGCUCGCUCCUUCGCUUCCUGCAAUCACAGGUGUUCAAAGACAUGCCAUGGAACAACUCCAUGUGGGAGCUGUGAACAACUUUGCGAAGUUAGAUGCCCACACACCAGUGGCGAUGAGAUUUGUAGCCCAUGCGUCGAAGAUUGUACUUGGACUUGUCCUCAUCAAGGGACCUAUUCGUAAUUGUGGCCACCAAUGCCCAAGCUUCUGCGGAGAAGAUUGCCCCGUUGAAUAUUGUCAAGAGUGCAGCCCCAAGAAAUCAGAGGAAGUCGACUUGCUGGAGUUUCGAACUUUUAGCGAGAUCAACCUUGACGAAAAUCCGAUUGUAGUGCUUGGUUGCGGCCACUUCUUCACUGGCGAGACUCUUGAUGGUCUGGUAGGCCUGGAUGAGGCUCGUCUGAGAGGGCAGGAGGACGAGUAUGUCGGCUGGAAAGAGGUGUCAAGCUGCUUCACGACAAAGACGCCUGUUUGUCCACACUGCAAGCAGCCUAUUCACCCACACGCCACAAAACGAUAUGGCCGGCUUAUUAAACAAGCUCUCAAAGAUGAGAACCAUCGACGAUUUCUCACUGAGCAGCACGAUGAGAUUCAGCGCCUCGAGGAAAAGCUGCAAUCUGUCGAGGAUGAUCUUACGACGACACGGUCAUCCUUCCUGAGGGAAAUUCAAUAUAUGAGUCCGCACCGGACACAGGAGAGACAUUCUGUUCUCAAAGAGCUCCAAGGAAUGGGGAAAACCCUUGGAGCCAGAAUUGGGCAAGAAAUCCAGCGAAGCGCAAUAUCAGCCGAUGCUAUUGAGGCGUCUCAAGCCCUGACCUUUGAUUCAUCUACUGACGAAGUCCAGCUGGAGACUUCGACAUACAUGCAAGGUGUUCCAUGGAAGCAAGUUGCACUGAGAGCCCGCCUCAUUCACAUUCAAGCUCAAGAGUUGCACCUGCGUGAUGGACUGGCGAUUUCUCCCCACCAGUCAUUGGCAAGCUGGAUGGAAAGUCAGUCGUUUCCAGCAUUGCCCAGCUUCCUCAACGACUUCGCAAACUUGAUCAAAGAAGCCAACGACCUGAAACUACCGCGAGUUGUCAUCUCAGGAACUCUGUCGUUUGCUAAGAUCGCCCGUCUGAUAUACCAUUAUGAAGUGGCCCAGAAUGCACAUGGCAGCAAUGAGUACAUGCUCGACAUCAUCGCUGCUGAAGAACAGACCAAGAUUGCGUGCGAACUCCUGGAUGCCGCUCUGCUUCUGUGCUCCGAUCUUCGAGACGGUGAGAAGCUGAAACAAAAGGUCCAAGAUCACAUAGAGCUCUUUCAUACUCGGCACGAAGAAAUUACUCCCGGAGAGCUGGCAUCAAUCAAGUCAGCCAUGGUCAGUGGAACCCAGGGUAUGGCGACCAACUCUGGAUAUUGGUACAAUUGCGUUAAUGGACAUCCUUUUGCAGUUGGAGACUGCGGGAUGCCCACGGAGGUUGCUCGCUGCCCCGAGUGCGGAGCACCAGUAGGGGGUACCAACCAUAGACCCUUGGAUGGUGUAACCCGCGCUGAGGAAAUGGAAACAGAGGAGGUUAUCGUCGUGGAUGCAACAGCCAUGGAAGAUGGAGGGGAAGCCGUCCUCCCACCAGCUCGAGAAGAAGUUAUUGAGCCACCGACAGAGGAACCAAACGAGCCGCGGGAAGUGGCCGUCCCAGAAGAUGAAGCGGAACACCAAUCAUAG